AUGACUACAAGAGGGGACAUACGCCUUUCAGUAAGCGAUAAGGGUGGGGAACUCGUAGUCAUGUCACAGGCUCUUGAUCGGGAAAUAACAAAUCUUCACUUGCAAGAUGAAACGAUCUAUCGCCGCGUAACAGAGAAAGAAUUCCUUGUGCAGUGCAAACGCUUGAAUCAUGUAUGGAUGACUAUGGGAAAAUCUGCUGGCCUUGACGAACGAUUUGUUAGCCGCCUAAAGCUUGACAAACCGACCUGCCCUGUGUUCUACAGCCUCAUCAAAACGCAUAAGCUGAAACCUGAUGAGGUCAACUCAACAUCAGCGGCCACAUUCAAAAUCCGACCAAUAAUAAGUUGUGUGGGAGGACCUGUGGUUCCUUAA